GCGCGCCAGGUCAUCUGAUCUUCAUUAAAGUGCAAAGCGAGUGGCGUGGGUACAAGGAAGCGGACUCGCGCUGGCAAAUCGCCUUAAGAUAGCGAACACGCAGCCGAAACCUCUCGAGUCAGAUAUUUGUUUUGGGCGUCGAUCCGUAAAAAUGCGGGCGAAUGUAAUAAAAAGGGGAGUUUGAAAGGAGGACGGCACGCGCGACGCCUCACAUGGCAGGAACGGAACUGGCGCACGCCGGCGCUCGCGUCGCGGUGUCCGAGACCCGCGUGCUGAUGAAGGGCGACGCAGCUCUGCGUUCCCACCGUGCACUGAGGCGUGAGCUGUGCAUCACGCGGCUUGGCGCGGGCGCCUUCACGCUCCUGUGUACCGCUGUGUCCCUGCUGUUCUUCAGCCAGCACUUAGCGGCGUGCAAGAGUGAAGAACAUGGUGCGAAGGCGAAUGGUUCGGAAACAUCGCAGUUCAGAGCGCUUGCUGACGGCGGAUCUAAAGAGCCUUACCAAGCCUUCCUGAAAAUUGCGUGCAAACAUCCUCCCUCUGCUCACGACACCCUCCUGAUGUGGGAGCAGAACAAGCUCUUUGGCUUCAGACUGAGCAGCGAUAGUGCCACUCUGAUCGUUCCUUCCGCAGGCAUGUACAGAAUUGCCCUGCAGGUGACCUACAGGGGCACAGACCAGGUGUCGUCUAGCAAGCAGAUGAUCUUGGAACACCAUCUUGCUGUGCUAUCUGACAGCUACCAGCAAGACCGGACUAUGCUGUCUGCCUUCGAGACCGUGUACUCCGAGAACACCAACUGGAGGAAGUCCCUGUACUCUGAAGGGAUCUUCAAUUUUCAAAAGGGAGACGGCCUGAAGGUGAAGACGAGCAACCUCAGGCUCGUGGACUGCGAUGGGAACGUGGGUACCAAAACCUUUUUAACAGCCUACCCGCUUGCCGUAGCUUGAGCCACAUGGGCUUGAGCAAAUGUGCAUGAUCAAACCUUCGAGUAAUUAUUGUGAGUUUGUUUUUGUUAGUUUGUCAUUAAUUAACAGUAAUAAACUAAUAUUCUCAGUUUAUUAUUGUUAGUGUAUUAUAUAGGUAGUUUGCUCUCUGUGUAUAUGCGCUCAAGAGCGAAUGUUUCUCUGUCACUGUAUGACAAAAGGCUUCACUGUAGUAGGCAGGGGCAUGUGAGCCAUCACUGGGAUAACACGUCUGUUUCUGGUAGACACAUACUGCGAUAAGGACAUGCUGAAGUACUCCACUCUCACUGUUGAGCUUGUAGCCUCCAAACGCUAAGGCCCUUGCAUGUUGAAGGAAUCUUAACUGGAAAAGUUUGUCGACUGUAACAGUAGGUUCCAAUGCUUGUUACCCUAAAAAUGCCAGAAUGUGUCGUGUGAAUAAAAAGUAUUUCUCUGUUCA